CGACUGUGCAUGGCAGCGCGAGGUGUAAACUACACGUUCAUGAGGGAGGCGAUGCACGCGCCGCCGGUGACCUACUACGACUACAUCGUCAUCGGGGGCGGCACGGCGGGCUGCCCGCUGGCGGCGACGCUGUCCAGGCGCUACCGCGUGCUGCUGCUGGAGCGCGGCGGGUCGCCGUACGACGACGACCGCGUGCUCAACAUGGCGCACUUCUCCGACGUGCUCUCGGACACGUCCGCGUCGUCCCCGUCGCAGCGGUUCGUGUCCGAGGACGGCGUGAUCAACUCGCGGCCGCGGGUGCUGGGCGGCGGCAGCUGCCUCAACGCCGGCUUCUUCACGCGCGCCGGCGUCGGCUACACGAGGGCCGUCGGCUGGGACGCCAGCGAGGUGCUCAGCGCCUACAGGUGGGUGGAGGACGUGGUGGCGUUCCAGCCGGAGCUGGGGCCGUGGCAGGCGGCGGUGCGGCGCGGGCUCCUGGAGACCGGGGUGGUGCCGGACAACGGGUUCACGUACGACCACAUCCCCGGCACCAAGGUCGGCGGGUCCAUCUUCGACCCCGACGGCCGGCGCCACACGGCGGCCGACCUGCUGCAGUACGCGCGCCCCGAAGGGAUCGACGUGCUUCUCCGGGCCCGAGUGGCCAGGAUCUUGUUCAGUUACAAAGGGACCAAGCCCGUGGCGCGCGGCGUGGUGUACCGCGACUCGCUGGGCAUCGUUCACGUGGCGUACCUCAACCAGGGCGACGCCAACGAGAUCAUCCUGUCGGCGGGGGCGCUGGGCAGCCCGCAGCUGCUGAUGCUCAGCGGCGUCGGGCCCUCCGACCACCUCCGGUCGUUCGGCCUCGACGUCGUCGUCGACAACCCCGGGGUCGGGCAGGGCAUGUCCGACAACCCCAUGAACGCCAUCUACGUGCCGUCGCCGUCGCCCGUCGAGGUGUCGCUCAUCCAGGUCGUCGGCAUCACCAGGUUCGGCAGCUACAUCGAGGGCGCCAGCGGGUCCGACUGGACCACGCGCACCGCCUCCUCCAGCGGCGACGGCGCGCGACAAGCCCGCGUCUUCGGCAUGUUCUCCCCGCAGACGGGGCAGCUCCCGACGGUGCCCCCGAAGCAGCGCACACCGGAGGCCAUCGCGCGCGCCGUGGAAGCCAUGAGUCAGGUGCCGGACGCAGCGCUCCGCGGCGGCUUCAUCCUGGAGAAGGUCCUCGGCCCGCAGUCCACGGGCAGCCUCGCGCUCCGCAACCUGGACCCCGACGACAACCCCAUCGUCCAGUUCAACUACUUCGCCCACCCGGACGACCUCCGGCGCUGCGUCGCCGGCAUCGAGGCCAUCGAGCGGGUCAUCCGCUCCAGGUCGUUCUCGCGGUUCGCGUACCCCAACUUCGCGUUCCCGGCGAUGCUCAACGUCACGGCGGAGUUCCCGGCGAACCUGAUGCGCGUGCGCGGCGGCAGCGACCCCGCGGCGCUGGAGCGGUUCUGCAGGGACACCGUCAUGACCAUCUGGCAUUACCACGGCGGGUGCCAGGUCGGUAGAGUCGUCGACCGCGACUACCGGGUCCUCGGCAUUGAUGCGCUGCGCGUCAUCGACGGCUCCACGUUCAAUGCCUCGCCGGGGACCAACCCGCAGGCCACCGUCAUGAUGCUCGGCAGGUACAUGGGAGUCAAAAUCGAGAAGGAGAGGACGCUGAUCGAAGGAGGAGCGAGAAAACUGUAGCGGGGUAUAACCACUAGGCUGUUAUCUGCGUACAGGCGUACUGCAGUUGCUAUUUGCUUUCUGGAUUCUUUUAGGAGUCUCCAUACAGAGUGGAAUGCUAAUUGUAAUUGAUGAAGUUUUACAAAUUGUGUAAGCCAAUGCCGCACCUUAUUGUGA